GUGCGCGCGUUCCAUUUAUUAACAUACGUCCGUUGACCCGUGUUAUAAGAGCCGUCUCUGAAUUGCUCAGCCGCGGAAGCUGAAGGUACCUUAUGUAUCACUGUGACACCUCAAUGAGCCAUGUAUCUGCCCUUCUUGGCACUCUUUUUCUGUUUUUCGAUCGCUUCUGUUAAAGCCCAAGGCAAAAGAAUACUUAAAAUAGGUGGCAUUUUCGAGAAAGAAAAUGACAUUGAUGUCAGGGUCUUCCGCUUCGCCGUGGACUGGGUGAACGCUAAUAAUAUAACUAAAGAUGUUGUAUUUGAGCCCGUUGUGUCUUACGCUAGUCAAUAUAGCUCGUACAAAAACAUCGAAAGUGCAAGCAAGCUGAUAUCGCAGGGCAUCUUGGCCACCGUGGGGCCUAUGACCUCGCCUGAUGUUAAAGUCACUCUCGGUCUGUUUAAACGCUUCAAGAUUCCUCUCUUAGCUCCUAGCGCAACGGAUACUGCCUUCAUCUACGACAACUACCGUUACAAAUUCCUACUACGGAUGCUCACACAUAACGCCGCGCAGGACAUUGCGCUUGUAGACCUGAUCAACCAGUUCAAGUGGGAGAGAAUGGGAAUAUUGACGUCACGCACUGAUUACGGCAUGAAUGGGUUAACGGACUUCAAGGAGUACGGCGUAGGUCAGUUCAAAUGGGUUAUACUCGCUACCGAGCACUUCGCGGUGCCCACGGACUACACCAAAAUCAACGCCACCAAGCAGCUUUUGCGUCUACGUGAGAAGGGAACCAGAGUCGUGAUCUUAAAUUGCAUGUCAAAGUACGUCGAGUACAUCAUGAAACAAGCAGAAAGACUUGACAUGCUCAAUGAGUGGGUCUGGAUACUUACCGACGGAGCAAUUGCCAAGGAAGGAAGCACGAAAUACAAAGAGGGUCUUAUAGGGGUUCGAUACCCACAGACUGGCAAGGGGCGACUCUCUGGACCUGUGAAUAAGGCAUGGAGUGCAAGGAAGGAAAAGACUAAAAUUGAGGGACGAACUGGGCGCAUUUUCGAUGCAGUGCUAACUAUAGCGUAUGGUGUAAAUCUCCUACGUGAUAAUGUCACCAUCACGGACCCACCCAAAGGAGACAGCUUCUGUUCAUCCAGCAACUUAACCGCUCAGCCUUGGUCCCUUGGUGAACAGUUUUACAAUUAUCUAAAAGAGGUCAAGGGAGAUGGUUUUAUGCACCAGAUCGCCUAUUCACCCAUGGGACAACCACGUGCGCGUUCAUUUGACAUCGUUAACUACCAGACGGAAGAUGGAUGGGUCAAGGUUGGUUACUCCAUUGGAUUGAGGGUGAAACUGGAGAAGAAAAGACCAGUGAUAUGGCUCAACGGUGGGAUUGAAGUACCCAAACUCGCCAGCCUUGCGCUCAAAUACAAGAAGCUCAAAGUGCUAAUAUUCGAGAGUCGUCCGUUUGUAAUGGCAAAGACAGGAAACAUCUCUACAUCGGAUAACAAGGUCCUGUAUGAAGGGUUUUGCAUCGAUUUGCUGGAGGAAUUGAAAAAAAAGCUGAGUUUUGAUUACGAGCUCAAAUUGAUGAAGUCAUUCGGCGAAAAGCAACCUGACGGCUCUUGGGACGGUAUCCUUGGCGACCUGACUAGAGGCAAAGCAGACCUUGCAGUGUCCACGUUUACGAUCAGCCCCGAGCGCGAGAAAGCGGUGGAUUUUACUCAGCCCUACUUCAGCCUCGGCUACAAGAUCGUGAUGAAGAAGGCGAUCAAGGAGAAGAAAUCCAAUCUGUGGGGCUUCCUGGAUCCCUUUGAACUGACGCUCUGGGCCGCUAUCGUAGUGUCAUCGGUCGUUAUAGGGACGGUGGUGUGGAUCUACGAUCGCUUGAGUCCCUAUGGCUACUAUGGUCGCGCUGUGCAGUCUAAAGUUCCCACGGAGGAAGAGUAUAACACAAGGAACACGCUGUGCUUUUUUAACUCCUUCUGGUCAGCUACCGCCUCCUAUCUCGAGCAGGGUCCGGACGGUACUCACCCCAUCUCGCAUUCCGGGAGAGCUACGAUACUCGCAUGGUGGUUUGCAAUAUCUAUAUUUGGAGCCACCUACACUGCCAACCUAGCGGCCUUUUUAACUGUUAACAAAUACGAACAUCCAAUCAAAAGCAUUGAAGAUCUCGCUGAUCAACAAGGCAUAGCGUAUGGCACUGCCCCAGGCCAGCUGGCGGAGAUGUUGAAGACGGCUUCUUUACCCGUCUACGAGAAGCUCUGGAGAUAUAUCGAGACACACGGGACCUUAGAAGACAACGCUACUUACGCCAUCGACAAAGUUCGCUCUAGAGAUGACUAUGCAUUCAUCUGGGAUUCAGCGGUGUUGGACUACGAGGUUCAAAGCGAGCCGUGUAACACGCUCACUAUAGUAGGACGGCCGUUCGGCAGUAUAAAUUAUGGUUUUGCGUUGCCGCUCAAAUCUCCAUACACGCAGAACUUCAGCGUGGCCAUGCUCGAGCUACAGCAAGAUGGCUUUCUUGAGCGCAUGACAGAGAAGUGGUUCCGCUCUCGCAGUAAGUGCGGCGCGGAGACUGAGGCUGCGGACGCCAAGGCAACCGAGGGAGGGGAGCAGCUAGGGUUCAAGGACAUGGCGGGCGUGUUCAUCACACUACUGGGAGGAUUCAUCUGCGGAGUGGGGCUACUGAUUGUCGAGUGGAUCUUUGCGUCUUAUAAGGACACUCUCUCUAAGGACAGGAGGGCACCAACAGGUUUCUUCACUGCCUUGUGGUUACGUCUUCAGAGAAUGUGGUGGGGCAUACUAAGCUUGUGCAGUUCCAGCGAGCUGGGACGCGAGGAAGAGCCUAAGCCGAAACUACGGGCGCUGGUUGAGGAAAUACCUCUAAGUCAUAGAGACCGAAAGAGCUUGCUCGACAAGAGGUGGUCACAAAUACGCGAAUAAAAAGCUGGCUAUAUAAAAAGCUAAAUAAAAAUUAGCUGUAUAUAUAUAUCAAGGGAACCAAACAACGGAUAUGAAGAGCCCACUUAAUUGACUUUUCGUGACGAUGCGAGAAGAAAGAAGCGGGACAUGUGAAUCGGGCGUGAGCUUUGCUUUUCAGGUCAGGGAAAGGUUGCGGUAGUGGCUAGUACAAGAGCCUACCCUCCCCCCUCCCCUUGUACAAAAAAUUAUAAACUCUAACCAGACGGACGUGAGCUAGGAAUUGCCGUAUGCUAUUUUUAUUACUUACCAGUGCCCCCCUUUCCCGUCAACAUCUUAUUCUGUCCCUCAUAGAAAAGCCCGUCUUUGUUGAUGAUAAUCUAUAUUAGAUUCUCAAAAUGGAUAUAAAUAGGCCAAAACUAUAAUAAACUACGAUUACGGGUCACGAGUAACUGAUGGUGCGUCAUAGAAGCAACACCUCUGCGACGUAUAAGCAACACCUCUGCGACGUACAAGCAAUACCUCUGCGACGUACAAGCAACACCUCUGCGAUGUACAAGCAACACCUCUAAGCGUACAAGCAAUACCUCUGCGACAUACAAGCAACACCUCUGCGACAUACAAGCAACACCUCUGCGACGUACAAGCAAUACCUCUGCGACGUACAAGCAACACCUCUGCGACAUACAAGCAACACCUCUGCGACGUACAAGCAACACCUCUGCGACAUACAAGAAACACCUCUGCGACAUACAAGGAAUAGCUCUGCGACAUACAAGAAACAGCUUUGCGACAUACAAGAAACAGCUUUGCGACAUACAAGAAACAGCUUUGCGACAUACAAGAAACAGCUUUGCGACAUACAAGAAACAACUCUGCGACAUACAAGAAACACCUCUGUGACAUACAAGAAACAGCUCUGCGACAUACAAGUAACAGCUCUGCGACAUACAAGAAACAGCUCUGCGACAUACAAGAAACAGCUCUGCGACAUACAAGAAACAGCUCUGCGACAUACAAGAAACAGCUCUGCGACAUACAAGAAACAGCUCUGCGACAUACAAGAAACAGCUCUGCGACAUACAAGAAACAGCUCUGCGACAUACAAGAAACAGCUCUGCGACAUACAAGAAACAGCUCUGCGACAUACAAGAAACAGCUCUGCGACAUACAAGAAACAGCUCUGCGACAUACAAGAAACACCUCUGCGACAUACAAGAAACACCUUUGCGACAUACAAGUUAUAGCUUUGCAACAUACAAGAAACAGCUCUGCGACAUACAAGAAACAGCUCUGCGACAUACAAGAAACAGCUCUGCGACAUACAAGAAACACCUCUGCGACAUACAAGAAACACCUCUGCGACAUACAAGUUAUAGCUUUGCAACAUACAAGAAACAGCUCUGCGACAUACAAGUAACAGCUUUGCAACAUACAAGAAACAUUAAAAGAAACAGCUUUGAUGAGCGAAGUGCAAUAUGGAAAUGCAUUUUGUGUUUUGAACGUUAAAAAAAUGAAAACCAAGAAGUACAAAGUAAAGAAGGAACCAACCAACAAGUACAAAUAUAACAUACCUUUGGAUAAAGUAAACAUUUAAGUUUGAGCAGUUUAUUGUAUUGCACACAAUUAGUGUGAGCUGGUAAGAUAGUUAUGGAUAUUGCUAUUUUAUUUUUGUAAUAUAGAUUCUUUUUGUCGGCUCUUUUUUCUCUGUUGCAAAUUUUAUAAUUUACGAUUUUCAAACCACAACGGUUUAAAACUAUGGAAAGGGGUUGAAGCUUUGCUAUGUUUUUAAGCGAAUUUCUAUGUAAAGAAUAGCCUGCGUGGCAAGCGCUUCUGUGGAGUUUCAACGGAAAUAAAGAACAAAAUCCCCUUCUUUUUUUGGCGCUCGCCCCAUUUUUCGCGAAACGCUUGCUACGCAGGCUAUUCUUUACAUAGAAAUUCGCAGAAAGUAUUUUAUUUGCAGAUAAAAACACAGUGUAUAUUAGGCAACAAGAUCUUAGUUAAGGCUUUUAGAGUUAUUUUAAAACUCUGAUAAUUUUAUUAAAAAGAUAUAUUAUACAUAACGAGAUAUAACCUUAAUGCCUUACGGUUGAAGGCACGGACGAAAAGGAUCUUUCGAAAAAUCCGCCAGUAUUCUUUUAUCACUAUGAUUUAUCAACUACAAUUUUGUUGAAGUUUUUAAAAGUGUAGCUAGUAGAUGCGUUGAUUUUCGCAAUAAAUAAAGUACUAUAAUA